UAUAUAUCUUUGAAUUUACCGGUUCUUUUCGCGGAAUGUAUAACCUCAAUAGUGAUCGUAUGCCAUGCCGUUGAAAUCUCUUGGAGCAUAUAUGAUGCUCUUUAUUUUCGACAAUAUUUUAUUUCGAACAAUGAAAAAUGAAGUGUACACUUUAUAAGCUUAUAUUAAUACCAAAUAUUCUUCGAUGACAAACUAAUCGUCAAAAGUCAAUUGAAAAUCGAAACCUUGUACUGUGCCAUGCGGAGGUGAAGUAACGAACGAUGAUAAUUGUAAGAAGAUGCCGCUGGUUCACCGGAGUUUUCAGUUUAUUGCCACGUAACACGUAUUCCAGUCUCAGGCUAUUAAAUGGCUGUACGGUUGUGAAUUUCAGGCCAUGUACAAAGGCCCACACCUUCUCCACAGUACAAUACAAUAAGUACAAUAAGCAUGAAGCGAGUCCCAGUGUACAGAGAACCACCUACUCCUUGUUGAAAGUCGAAGAUGUAUCGACGCCAGUCAAGUUAGCAAGUUUACAGCAGAAGAGAUGUUUGAGCAUCGCCGCAAAGCUAGUCAGUAACGCCUCGCCAAAAGUGCAGCCGUAUAUGAAGCUUAUGAGGAUAGACAAACCGAUAGGAAGCUGGCUGUUAUUUUGGCCUUGUGGCUGGAGUAUCGCCUUGGCGGCUCCCGCCAAUGCCUUACCAGAUCUCUACAUGUUAGCGCUUUUUGGUACGGGUGCAUUCGUGAUGCGCGGUGCGGGGUGCACCAUAAACGAUAUGUGGGAUCAGGACAUUGACAAGAAGGUAGCCAGAACGAUGGACCGACCUUUGGUAACGGGUCAGAUAACGCCGAAGCAGUCAUUAGUGUUUCUAGCCGGACAAUUGAGCCUUGGAUUGCUCGUGUUGUUGCAACUAAAUUGGUAUAGCGUAUUUCUCGGUGCAAGUUCGCUAGGUUUAGUAAUAAUUUAUCCUCUCAUGAAAAGAGUAACGUACUGGCCACAAUUGAUUUUGGGAAUGACCUUUAAUUGGGGCGCCUUGUUAGGAUGGUCGGCUAUACACGGGUCAUGCGACUGGUCGAUCUGCUUGCCACUCUAUGCAGCCGGUAUUUGUUGGACCAUUCUGUACGAUACGAUAUACGCUCAUCAAGACAGGGUGGAUGACAUUCUGCUGGGCAUGAAGUCGACCGCCAUAAAAUUCGGAGAAGACACGAAAUUCUAUUUGUCCGGUUUUGGAAUAGUAAUGAUCGCGAGUUUAAUCACCUCUGGUAUAUUGACUACUCAAACUUGGCCUUACUACACCGCCGUUGGAUUAAUUGCAACACAUAUUAGCAACCAGAUAUAUACUUUAAACAUUAACAAUCCUAAGGAUUGUGCUAAAAAAUUCGUAUCCAAUCACAGAGUGGGCAUGAUACUGUUCAUUGGGAUCGUGUUAGGAAACUUGAUGAAAAAGUCAGUCGUGGAAAAGGAGAGCGAAGACAAAGAAAUAAAGCGCCAAAGUGUUGUACUAGAUGAAAUAAAAAAUAGGCACGAUUUAUAAUUUAGCGAGAAUUUUAAUCUAGUGUCCUCUUCACAUUAGUCAAAUUUUAUGAAACAAAUUAUAUAUUAUAUAAAUGUAUAUAAAUAAAUUUUAAUUUUCAAA